UCUACACCUACAAAUCAAUUACGCGAUUAAGUAAAUACAAUCUAUUUUAUCAAAGAAGAGCAUUAGCUGUUUAAAGAUAAAUGUGUUAGCUUACUCCGUGUUUUCUGUCCAUUUAUAUUAUCAAUAGAGGUAGUAUUUUGACUUCCAAUACUCAUCUGGCUCCAAAAGAUGUACUGACAGUGAUUGAAUUAUGUGUAAGGUUUCUUUCUGUUUAAUUUGUAUUGCACCUGCACUUUUAAAUUACUUCUACCUGUUGAAACUGAAUUACUCUUUUCCUGUUCAACAAAUACUAGAACAGAAAGACAGUAUCACCUUUGAUGCUCAAAGUUCAAAAUUAUAACUACAAAUCAUCACAGCUUGCAUAAAAUAUUUCUUGUUACGUCACUGUAUUUUAUAAGAUAACGGACUUUCCAAGUAGUACUAUGUAUAUACAUAAAAUACGUUCGUAUUUAUUUCUUAAAUAUUAAAAUUAUACGCACGUUAAUUACACGUAAUGUCCACCGUUUUCGUGUAGAUCUAUCGUAAAAUUUUUGAGACGUAUUAAAUAUUAUUUCAAUGAAUUUCAGACAGCAGUGCUGUUAACUAUUUCUGAAGGGAAAAUUCGUUCUUAGUUAUCAAUGAUCAAAUGAUUAGAUAGUGUUUCCCGGAUUGUAAAUUUGAGAGAGUUUCGACUGAAUUCUUCGACGUCACACUUCAAAACGUGGAAUGAACAGUUUCUAUAUAGUUUUUUCGAUUAACGGUACAAAAUUGUGUUCUCAAUUUAUGGUUAUCUCUAGAUCCGUCCUCUCAAGUACGACCGCGUGUUGUAUUUAGACUAUAACAACGUAUAAAAACACACGCGAAACAACAUUAACGAAAAACAUGAAGUUGUUACAUUAAACAAUACGAAUAAAAUUGAUUAAACAAUUCAGAAAAUAGAUUUUAUUUAAAUUAAUUUAAUUUGUUGCGGUCGUAAUUAUUGCAAUCAUUGAGAUGGAAAAUAAUGAUCAUAUAGCAAAGACUGUCAUCCAUGCAGGAACAAAAGCAAUCAAUUUUGUACCUGGAACCAAAGUUAUUUUUCAUUUUAAAACAACAAAAUGUGAUCCUGAAAAGACAGUCAUUGAUGACAGUAAAGUUAUGGGAAGACCAAUGGAGCUUAUUUUAGGCAAACAGUUUAAACUAGAAGUAUGGGAAGUUAUUAUACAAAAGAUGGCAUUAAAAGAAGUGGCAUGCUUUAAAGUGCCUAAAAGCCUAGUCACAACGUAUCCUUUUGUGUCUAAAACAUUGAGAGAAGUAGGAAAAAAACAAUCAGAAAAACGUACCCACCAUUGUUGUGGUGUAACUUUGCAGAAUGAAGGAAUAGGAUACGAUGAUUUAAAUGAACUUAUCAAAUGUCCUCAAGACUUAGAAUUUACAAUUGAACUUACUAAUGUAGUAUUACCGGAUGAAUAUGAAAAAGAAUCAUGGCAAAUGACUGAAGAUGAGAAACUGAAAAGUAUCCCAGAAAUAAAAGAGAAGGGAAAUGCAUUAUUUAAAGAAAAAGACUAUGAAGCAGCAUGUAAUGUGUAUGCAAAAGGAAUUGGAAUGUUAGAGCAACUUAUGCUUGCUGAGAAACCCAAUGAAGAAGAAUGGUUGACUUUAAACAGAUUGAAGAUACCAUUACUUUUGAACUAUGCACAGUGUAAAUUGAAUCAAAAAGAAUAUUAUGCAGUUAUAGAACAUUGUACUACAAUUCUGAAACAUGAUCCAGAUAAUGUCAAGGCCUUGUACAGGAGAGGCAAAGCAUAUAUAGGAGCUUGGGAUGAAGAGAAUGCUACUAAGGAUUUAAGAAGAGCAGCACAGUUGGAUUCUGCAUUGCAAAUGACAGUUGAAAAAGAGCUUCAAGCAUUUUCUGCAGUUCUUAAAGAAAAAAAUCUAAGUGACAAAAAACAAUUCUCGAAAUUAUUUAAAUAGUAAGUAAAUAGUGAGUAUAUGCAUGUGUAUAUAUAUAAAAGUCAACAAGAUACAAAGAACAAUUAUUGUGAAAGAAUUAAAAAGUUUAAAUGUGUCAACGCACAACAUUUUCUUUCUGUUUGAAUAUUUAUUAAUAAUUAAUAUGUAUUGUCACUCAAACUUUUCAUUGAUGUAAUAUAAAUGUAAUAU